AUGUUGGUCGCGGUAGGAGCAUGCUACCUAGACACUAUUCUAACAACGCCAUAUUAUCCUGGAGAGGAUGAAAAGCUGCGGGCAACCAAUGUGACUCGUCGGAGGGGUGGUAACUGCCCGAACACGCUCGAAGUGCUGCAACAACUGACAUUCCAUGAAUCAACGGAGCGAGGGCUUCCAUUGACUCUGAUUACAAUAUUACCAGCCAAGUCCUCAAUGGCCACGCAAAAGAUCAGAUCGUCAUUCGGAUCGCGCGUCAACUUGGAUCACUGCAUUUACCGAGAGGGGCUGGAAGAACCAGCCUCAUGCUACAUUAUCAAGAGUCAAUCUACUGGGAGCCGCACUAUUGUCAACUACAACAAUCUCCUUGAGAUCACACUCGAGGAAUUUACCGGAGCGGCCGAGAAGCUCGGUUCAGAAGCAACUUGGUUUCAUUUUGAGGGUCGAACGCCAGAGAUGACUCUCCAGUUUAUCCUUUAUUUGCGAAAGCAAUUUCCUGCAAUUCAAGUGAGCGUCGAAAUCGAAAAGCCGGGCCGGCCAGGUCUUCAGGAGCUUGCCGAGGAGGCCGACGUGGUGUUCUAUUCGAAGACCUGGGCCCAGGAUCUCGGAUAUCACACAGCAGAAGAGUGUCUACGGGAGCAGUCGAAACGGAUACACAACGCAUCAUUGCUAUGUUGUACUUGGGGCCAGGAUGGAGCCAGUGCUCUACAACCGCGUACUGGGGACUUCGAACAUGUGGCGGCUUAUACAACGGAGAAUUUCAAAGUUGUCGAUCCGAUCGGAGCUGGUGAUACAUUCAUCGCUGGAAUGCUGUAUGCUUUGAAUUGCAAAGAAAAGGACUGGGAUCUAUCCAAAAAGCUUGCAUUUGCAAACCGGAUUGCGGGCUUAAAGGUGUCCCAGGAAGGGUUCGCAAGUCUGGAUCGUGCAUUAGCAUCCUUUGUUUGA